AUGUCAAGAUACCAACGCGAGGCGAGCGCGACUGGUCCUGCGCUGGAUGUUGCGCAACCUCUGCAGAUGUUCGCACGUAAUUACAUUAAUGCCCGACGAAUUCAUAAACAGUCUCCUGUUCGAAAGACGCCAUCCAUGCCCACCUUCAUCUCCCUGAAAGUAGAUGAAAUGAGCGGAGAUACAAAUGGAUCCAGCGGAUCUCGACCAUCGACUACGGGACCCGACAGGAAUUAG